UGGCCUCUUGCGGGCUUUGCCUGGGAGAUGUUGCGCCUCACAGAGCUUUCCGGGAAGAGCGCGGACUCGGCGGAGAUGCGGUCCGGGUCCCUAGGCCACUGCAGGCACUUCUUUUGGCUGGGCGUCGCCUUCGACACGGUGGGUGUGGCAGUGCUGUUCACUGGCGUCUUCGCCAACCUGUUUUUCUACGACAUGCUGCUCUAUCUGGGUUCCAUCAUCAUCUUCGUCAGUCUCUUGUGGUGGAUCUUCUGGUACACCGGCAACAUCGAGGCGCUCCCGGAAGACCCCUUGAGGAGGACUUCGCCUCGCGCGGGAGAGGUCGGUAUGCACCGCAGCGGCAGCCGUCGCUUCUCACUGACCAUCAGGAGCGUCUCCAACACCUUCCGGCGGAUUCGCCGGCAGCGGCGGCGGCGGCUCCUCCCGAGGGUCCUCCAGAUGAUGAGUAGCCUCAGCUCGACCGACCUGGGCCAGCUGGAAGGGAACAGCGAUGCCGGGACCGAAGGUGGCAGAACUUCGUUCCAUCCGGCGAAGCCUGUGUCCAUUCUAAACAAGCUACAGCUUUGCUCAAUCCAGGCCUCUAAGAGCCUGCCUUUGGUCCCUUUGCAACAUCCUCUCACCGUUUGUACUUCUCGGAGUCAGCCUGUCUUUUCGGUGACCUCACAGUGCUACCCUCUGGUGUCUGGAGCUUCUGGCAGCUACUCCCAGAUGGCUUUGUCCUCUGACAGUCAGGUGCCUGAGGACCUUGACCCUCAGGGGCGAUCUAAGAUCAGUGUGGCCUCUCGGAUCUACCCUGUGGAACGGGUAGACAGUCAGAGCCACCUCCUGGUGCCUGUGCCCUCUGAAAGUUCCCCUGUGGUACCCCUGACCUCUCAGAGCCAAGUGCAGGACUCUGUAUCCUAUGACAGCUGCAUGCCUGUGGACCUUGACCCUCAGGGGCGAUCUAAGAUCAGUGUGGCCUCUCGGAUCUACCCUGUGGAACGGGUAGACAGUCAGAGUCACCUCCUGGUGCCUGUGCCCUCUGAAAGUUCCCCUGUGGUACCCGUGACCUCUCAGAGCCAAGUGCAGGACUCUGUGUCCUCAGGCAGCUAUAUGACUGUGGACCUUGACCCUCAGGGGCGAUCUAAGAUCAGUGUGGCUUCUCGGAUCUACCCUGUGCAACGGGUAGACAGUCAGAGUCACCUCCUGGUGCCCAUGCCCUCUGAAAGUUCCCCUGUGGUACCCCUGACCUCUCAGAGUCAAGUGCGGGACUCUGUGUCCUAUGACAGCUGCAUGCCUGUGGACCUUGACCCUCAGGGGCGAUCUAAGAUCAGUGUGGCCUCUCGGAUCUACCCUGUGGAACGGGUAGACAGUCAGAGCCACCUCCUAGUGCCUGUGCCCUCUGAAAGUUCCCCUGUGGUACCCCUGACCUCUCAGAGCCAAGUGCAGGAUUCUGUAUCCUAUGACAGCUGCAUGCCUGUGGACCUUGACCCUCAGGGGCGAUCUAAGGUCAGUGUGGCCUCUCGGAUCUACCCUGUGCAACGGGUAGACAGUCAGAGUCACCUCCUGGUGCCUGUGCCCUCUGAAAGUUCCCCUGUGGUACCCCUGACCUCUCAGAGCCAAGUGCAGGACUCUGUAUCCUAUGACAGCUGCAUGCCUGUGGACCUUGACCCUCAGGGGCGAUCUAAGAUCAGUGUGGCCUCUCGGAUCUACCCUGUGGAACGGGUAGACAGUCAGAGUCACCUCCUGGUGCCUGUGCCCUCUGAAAGUUCCCCUGUGGUACCCGUGACCUCUCAGAGCCAAGUGCAGGACUCUGUGUCCUCAGGCAGCUAUAUGACUGUGGACCUUGACCCUCAGGGGCGAUCUAAGAUCAGUGUGGCCUCUCGGAUCUACCCUGUGGAACGGGUAGACAGUCAGAGCCACCUCCUGGUGCCUGUGCCCUCUGAAAGUUCCCCUGUGGUACCAGUGACCUCUCAGAGCCAAAACCCGGGCUCUGUAGCCAAAGAAGGCCAGCUCCAGAAUCUUCCUUCUGCCUCUCAAACUCAGCCUGAGACCGGUAAAAGCUUCUGAGAGCCAUACUUUGGCAUAGAGGUUCCUGUGGUACCACUUGCAUUUGCCCAGACUUCUCAAAGUCGUUCUUCACAUGUCCAGGAGGUUCCUAAGAACUCAAGUGCUAAAGCUGCUGAGACUCUCCCAGCAAUCAGCCAGAAACUAGCUGAGGAACAACUUGACCCUUCAUUGUUUGUCUCUGAGGUCCCAAAUUCAGAUAGGCAUUGUGACCCUACUGGCAACCUUCCAGCCACCAGUGGGGUGAGAAACAGUUACCCUUUCUAAAGGAAGCAGACCCCAGCCAUCCGAAUGUCUAUUCAGGCCUUUGCCAAAUAAGUGCCUUGGAGGAAAACUUACCUACAUUACCCUUUUUAUUGCCACUGUCCUGGUAGCUUCUCAACUCUUGUAAUUAGAAAAAAGUGGCCUUGGACUUCAGAGAUAAGUCACUUUGAGAGUUGGUAGGCUUUUAAAACUAGUUCUCAGGUUUUGACUACUUUAUCAGACAAUAAAAUGUUGUUUUGUUUAAGGUUAGAGGAAAGGCCAGAGGUGUGUAGUUCUUUAGGAAGUCCUGAAGAGGCAGGUGGAGAAUUGGAUUCUGUAAGACUGCUCCUUGAAGAAGACAACUUCAGUUUGCACAGGGACAUGGCAUUAAAUGACACUGAAUCUUAGGAAGAGAGUUAAUCUUUUUCAAUACAUUUGGUUUUUGCCAAAGAGGCUAUAUUUUGUUGGGAGACAAUGCUCUUUAAUACUCCUCUAAAGCUUCAGUAGGCUAAAACUAAACUCAGCUAGAAUUUAAUAAUCUUUGCAAAGAUUACAAAGAUUAAAAACCCUAUCUCAAAAACAAAACAAAUUUUUGUUUUUUCUUGUUAUUUUUCAAGACAAGGUUUCUCCGUGUAGCCCUUGCUAUCCUGGAAGUCACACUUUAAGACCAAGUUUGCCUCAAACUCAGAGAUCCUCUGCCUCCCGAAUGCUGGGAUUAAAGGCAUGGGCCACUGUGCUCUGUGAAAAUAGAUUAAAUAAAUAAAUAAAUAAAUAAAUAAAUAAAUAAAUCU